AUGUGUGCAAAAAUGAAAAAGUCUGCCAAGAACACGUGUAACAUAAAAACAUUGAAGAAACGUUUGCCAAUCGUAGAAUGGCUACCAAAAUAUAAUUUUACUACAUUGAUUCAAGAUAUAAUUGCGGGUAUUACAGUUGGACUUACGGCUAUACCUCAAGGAAUAGCGUAUGCUAUAGUCGCUGGACUAUCCCCUGAAUAUGGUCUGUACGCUGGGCUAUUAGGAGGCAUAGUAUACUUAUUUAUUGGUAGCUGCAAGGAUAUAACAAUUGGACCAACAGCCAUAAUGUCGGCGAUGACAGCAAAAUACGUCUCUGGCUAUUCUUCAGACUACGCUAUUCUCGUGUCUUUUCUGUCUGGCUGGACUAUAUUAAUAAUGGGUGUACUUAAUCUUGGUUUCCUAGUGGAAUUUAUAUCGAUACCUGUAAUUAGUGGAUUCACAACAGCUGCAGCUCUUCAAAUAGCAUCCGCACAAUUUAUUUCACUAUUUGGCUUAAAUGGAUCAUCAGGGAAUUAUUUUGCAGAAUCUGUAUAUAAUUUUACUAAAAACAUUAGUACAUUUAGAAUACGGGAUGCUACUUUGGGAUUCACCACUAUUAUAAUUUUAGUAUUGUUAAAACGUCUUGGACAAGGAUGCAGUCGAACGGAUGGGUUUGUUAAGAAAAUGAGGUGGUUUAUAUCACUCGCUCGUAAUGCAGUAGUUGUAAUUAUUGGUAUUGCUAUAGCAUAUAUAAUAAAAAUAACCACAGAUACAGAACCUUUAAAAAUUAUCGGAGAAAUCAGUAGUGGUCUGCCAAAAUUCCAACCACCUCCUUUUAAUACAUUUGCUGGCAAUGAAACUCAUACCUUUACUGAUAUGUUACAAAAUCUAGGACCCCAAGCAAUAGCCAUACCACUGGUGGCUAUUUUAGAGCUAGUAGCAAUUGCGAAAGCUUUUGCUGAUGGUGCCCCAAUUGAUGCUACACAAGAAAUGAUUGCUCUUGGAAUUUGUAAUAUAGUUGGAUCGUUCGCCCUUAGUAUGCCCACAACAGGAUCUUUCACUCGUACUGCCUUAAAUAAUGCUUCAGGAGUCCAAACCCAAGCAGGAGGUAUUUUUACAGCUCUACUUAUACUUUUAGCCUUAAGUUUAUUAACUUCUACUUUCUAUUAUAUUCCUAAAGCUUCGUUAGCGGCUUUGAUAAUAACAGCAAUGUUUUACAUGAUUGAUUACCAAAUAGUAAAAAGACUAUGGAAUAGCAGUAAACGUGAACUAUUUAUAUUAUUUGCUACUAUAUGCGUUUGUUUGUUUUUUGGUCUUGAAUAUGGGAUUAUGGCAGGUAUCGUAAUUGAUGCUGUGAGUUUACUAUUUUCAACUGCCAGACCUAAAAUUGAAGUAAAUACACUGAAUACAGCAAAAAAAGACGUAAUUUUAUUAUGUUUGCCACAAAAUUUGUCAUAUUGUGCUGCAGAUCAUGUGAGAAGAAAAAUAUUAGACUCAGCAAUGGAUGCUGAAUAUGAAACUCUUUUAAUAGUCGAUGGAACGAAUCUCCAAAAUAUGGAUUCAACAGUGGCUUCUAAUCUAAUGUCAAUAAUUAAAGAUGUUGAAAAGAAGGGUGUACAAAUAGUAUUUCUUAAUUUUGCUGUUAUGCUUAAAAAAACAUGCACUGAUAUUAAUACUAAAUAUAACUAUAAAUUUAUCACAAAUUCUAGUAGUAACAUAGAAGAUAUCAUAGAAAUUACAACAAAAAUAACUGUAAACGAUAAAAUU